AUGAAAUCGCUCUUCUACAGCCGCUUCUUCAUUUUCCUGCCCUGGGUCCUCAUCGUCAUCAUCAUGAUCGAUAUUGACACCAAGAGGACACCCGUCCGAAGUCCAGUCCUGGGCCGCGCCGGGGGCGCACAGCGGCAUGACAGAAUCAGACUUCCUCGGGCCAAUCGCUCCGCUCUCCCAGUAAUCUACGCCAUCACCCCGACCUACAACCGGCCAGUCCAGAAAGCUGAACUUACCCGGCUCGCUAACACCUUCCGCCAGGUUCCUCGCUUCCACUGGAUCGUAGUGGAGGACUCGAGCGUGCGCACAGAGCUGGUGGCGCGCUUUCUCUCCCGCUCCGGGAUGCCAUACACACACUUGAACAUCUUUACGCCCCGCCGGUUCAAACGGACCGGGAUGCCUCGUGCUACUGAGCAGAGGAACACGGCUCUGUCGUGGCUACGGUCGCAUCGCUCGCGGAAGGACGUGGGGGUAGUAUUCUUCGCAGAUGAUGACAACACAUACAGUCUGGAACUGUUUGAAGAGAUGCGUUCAACACGGGGUGUGUCAGUGUGGCCGGUUGGGCUGGUCAGUGGGCGGCGGUACGAGCGUCCCAUAGUGGAGAAGGGCAAAGUGGUGGGCUGGUAUACUGGCUGGAGGCCCGACCGUCCCUUCGCCAUCGACAUGGCAGGUUUUGCAGUAAACCUCCAGGUGGUUCUGGGGAGCCCGCGGGCGCUGUUUAAGCGCAGGGGUUCCCAGCCCGGCAUGCAGGAGUCUGACUUCCUGAAGCAGAUCACAAAGGUGGGAGACCUGGAGCCGAAAGCCAACAACUGCACAAGGGUGUUGGUGUGGCACACUCGUACAGAGAAGGUGAAUCUGGGCAACGAGCCCAAACAUCGACAGGACAGUAUGGUCAUCGAGGUCUAA